AUGCUGUCAGGCCGGUGGUGGCCAAGUACUUGGGGGAGCCUAGGGCUAGGACCCCGAGGCCCUUCUCGGGUUCCCCAGCUCUGUGCCCUCUAUGCCUUCACUUACACCGGGACCGAUGGCCAGCAGGUGUCUCUGGCCGAAGGGGACAGGUUCCUCCUGCUUCGAAAGACCAACUCAGACUGGUGGCUGGCAAGGCCCCUGGGAGCACCCUCCAACUCUCGACCCAUCUUCGUCCCUGCCGCCUAUGUGGCCGAGGAAGUGACACCUCCCCAGAGUCCAACUACCACCCCAGCCACUCAAUCCCACUGGAGCCCUGCAUCGAAGUUACCGGGCUCCCUGGAGGAGCUGGCCCUGCCUCAGGCAUCUGCAGGCAGAGCCCUGGCCUCGCCUGGGGAGCCACCGCCUCUUCCCCUCAAAAUCUACAGCAGUGUCAGUGUUGCCAAUUUAAGACCCAGCCUCUUGAAACCCACCCAAGAAGGACCGAGCAGAAGGUCCCUCUCCCAGGAAGACUUGCUGGCAGAGGCCACUGACCACCAGGCAGACCCCCAGCUCCUCAUGUCAGACACCCCCGUGUACUGUAACCUGGUGGAACUUCGCCGUUGCCCUCGGUCCCCACCCCCAGUCCCUGCAUGCCCCCCACUGCAGCGGCUGGACUCCUGGGAGCAGCACCUGGACCCCAUCUCUGGACGCUGCUUCUACCUACAUUCAUCGACUGGCUGCAAGUCCUGGAAGCCCCCUCGCCGCACACGGUCGCGAGGGCCGAGCCCUGGCUCCAUGGAGGCCACAAAGACCCCGAGUAAGGACGAGGACACCCUGCACCCUCAGGCUGAGGGCUCAGGAUCUGGCUCUGGGAACCCCGAACUGCCGGACCCCCAGGGCUCACCCCAGCUCCACACCUCAGAGCAGCCUGCAGCCUCGCAGUCCCCUCGACCGGUGCCACAGAUCCUGGACGACCCCCAUGAGGUGGAGAAGUCAGGACCGCUCAACAUGACCAAGAUCGCCCAGGGAGGGCGCAAGCUCCGGAAGAACUGGGGCCCAUCUUGGGUGGUGUUAGCUGGUAACAGCCUGAUGUUCUACCGAGAGCCACCGACUGCGCCCUGCUCGGGCUGGGGGCCAGCGGGCAGCCGACCCGAAAGCAGCGUGGACCUUCGCGGGGCGGCCCUGGCCCACGGCCGCCACCUGUCCAGCCGCCGCAACGUCCUACACAUCCGCACGGUCCCGGGGCACGAGUUCCUGCUGCAGUCCGACCUGGAGCCCGAGCUGCGGGCCUGGCACCGCGCGCUUCGGGCGGUCAUCGACCGGCUGGUGAGAGGAGAGGCGAGGGGGCGGCCGCCGGGUCCCGGGGGGCGGCCCUCGGGGCUCCAGGAUCGCGAGAACCCCUUGGAGCUGCGUCUGUCCGGCUCGGGGCCGGCGGAGUUGGGGGAGCUGAGUGCCGGGGAGGAUGAGGAAGAAGAGGAGCCGGAGCCCUUGCUCAAGCCGCUGCUGCGGCUCGGCAGCCGCCGGAGCUCCCGACGCUGUCCGGAAGGAACCGAGCAGAACCGCGUGCGGAGCAAACUGAAGCGGCUGAUUGCCAAGAGGCCGCCCCUGCAGAGCCUGCAGGAGCGGGGGCUGCUCCGAGACCAGGUGUUCGGCUGCCAGCUGGAAUCCCUGUGCCAGCGGGAAGGGGACACUGUGCCCAGUUUCGUUCGGCUCUGCAUUGCUGCUGUGGAUAAGAGAGGUCUAGAUGUGGAUGGCAUUUACCGGGUGAGCGGGAACCUGGCUGUGGUCCAGAAACUUCGCUUCCUAGUAGACAGAGAACGGGCAGUCACCUCUGAUGGGAGAUACCUGUUUCCAGAACAGCCAGGACAAGAAGGACGAUUAGACUUGGACAGUGCCGAAUGGGAUGACAUUCAUGUGGUCACUGGAGCGCUGAAGCUUUUUCUCAGGGAGCUGCCCCAGCCCCUGGUGCCCCCACUGCUGCUGCCCCAUUUCCGUGCUGCCCUUGCCCUCUUGGAAUCAGAGCAACGCCUUUCCCAAAUACAAGAAUUAAUAGGCUCAUUGCCAAAACCCAACCACGACACCCUGAGGUACCUCCUGGAGCAUUUAUGCAGGGUGAUCGCCAACUCAGAUAAGAACCGAAUGACCCCCCACAACCUGGGAAUUGUGUUUGGACCCACCCUGUUCCGACCAGAGCAGGAGACGUGUGACCCCGCGGCCCACGCCCUCUACCCUGGGCAGCUAGUCCAGUUGAUGCUCAUGGAGUUCACCAGUCUCUUCCCCUGACCCGAGCAAGGAGCCGAAGACAAGGGUUUCCAGGGAUCCCUGAGGGUGCCCUUUGGGAAGGGGGUCCUGUUGUGAGGACAUCCCUUUCUGUCCUGCCUCCCAAACAACUGCCAUGGAUCAUCCAUGACGGUGCUUCGGCCAGGGCCGGGAGAGACCAAGAUGGGCUACGGCCCGGGCAGCUUCUUUAAAGGAACACAUUGGGCUUCUCUUCACGACCUGCUGCCAAGAGAACACUUCAAGCUGGGCUUUUUCUGAUGCAGUUCUUUUAUUACCAGGAAAUAGUGUCAUUAUCAAAUUCCUCCCCCAAAUAUAUACAGACUAUAUAUAGCCCCG